AUGGACGGAAACACACCUAAGAAUAACUUCGAGGUCGCCGCUCGCGCUAUGGAACACAAGAAGCCCGUACCAGAGAUAGAUUUCACACUGCAUACCAUGGAAGAUGGCCAACAGGUCAGCACACAAGAGCGGGUCUGUAAAGAUGUCCAAGCCCCCGCUUUCAAGCCACCCACAGAAGAGCAAUUCCGUUCUCCACAUGAUCGCAACAAGCCCAACCUCCAAUUUCUCAAACAGCACUUUUAUCGCGAGGGUCGAUUGACCGAAGACCAAGCGCUAUGGAUCAUACAAAUGGGGACAGAGGUGCUGAAGAGCGAGCCUAAUCUGCUGGAGAUGGAUGCGCCGAUCACGGUCUGCGGUGAUGUCCAUGGACAAUAUUUUGAUCUAAUGAAACUCUUCGAAGUUGGGGGCGAUCCAGCAGAGACUCGAUAUCUGUUCCUGGGAGACUAUGUGGACAGAGGAUAUUUCAGUAUUGAAUGCGUCUUGUACCUGUGGUCGCUCAAGAUAUGGUACCCAAAUACUCUGUGGCUGCUCCGUGGGAAUCACGAGUGCAGGCAUUUGACGGACUAUUUCACAUUCAAGCUUGAGUGCAAGCACAAGUACUCCGAGAGGAUCUACGAAGCGUGCAUGGAUUCUUUCUGCGCGUUACCCCUUGCCGCGAUCAUGAACAAGCAAUUUCUGUGUAUACAUGGAGGGUUGAGCCCAGAAUUACAUACCUUGGAUGACCUCAAAGGGAUUGAUCGAUUCCGCGAGCCUCCUACCCAUGGCCUGAUGUGUGACAUUCUCUGGGCAGAUCCACUUGAAGAAUUUGGCCAGGAGAAGACUCAGGAAUUUUUCCUCCACAACCAUGUCCGAGGGUGCUCCUAUUUCUUUUCAUACCCUGCUGCGUGCGCCUUCUUGGAGAAGAACAACCUCCUGUCUGUCAUCCGCGCCCAUGAGGCUCAAGAUGCUGGCUAUCGGAUGUACAGAAAGACUAGGACGACAGGCUUCCCAAGUGUCAUGACCAUCUUCAGCGCACCCAACUAUCUCGACGUAUACAACAACAAAGCCGCGGUUUUGAAGUACGAGAACAACGUGAUGAACAUCCGACAAUUCAACUGCACACCACAUCCCUACUGGCUUCCAAACUUCAUGGAUGUUUUCACCUGGUCCCUACCCUUCGUUGGCGAAAAGAUUACAGAUAUGCUGAUGGCGAUCUUGAACACGUGCUCGAAAGAGGAGCUGGAAGAGGAUGUUACCCCAUCUACUGUCUCCGCACCCGCUUCGCCGCCUAUUGAGAGAGAUACUGAAACCGCUGAUGCCAAACGAAGAGCAAUCAAGAACAAGAUCCUCGCCAUCGGUCGCCUCUCUCGUGUGUUCCAGGUACUUCGUGAAGAGUCCGAGAGGGUUACCGAGCUUAAGACAGCUUCUGGCGGCAAGCUGCCUGCUGGUACACUGAUGCUGGGUGCCGAGGGAAUUAAGCAAGCCAUCCACAACUUUGAAGACGCGAGAAAGGUGGAUCUGCAGAACGAGAGACUACCCCCUAGUCAUGAUGAGGUCUCGAAAAAGAGUAUUGAAGACCGAAAGCAGGCCUUGCAACGAGCGAACAAUGAAGCGGAUAAUGAUACAGGCUUGGCACAGGUUGCCAGAAGGAUCAGCGUGUAA